ACAGACUCAGCGAUUGCUAUUGAAAUCUUGCUGUGCCUGGCACAGGUGUUGGUAUACCCAACAGCGUCAGAACAACUGAAAGUAUUCCGUCGUAUCCAGAGAGAAGAAGGAACAGAUUUCUUUGAGGAUGAUAAUGAGUCUCAAAGCCAUAACUGGGACUUUUUCGCAAUGUUCACUCUGCAAUACUUGAGACCCCCAAAUGUCAUUGAACUAAUUCUACUAUGGGCGUGGAAUCGGUCCUGGCCAUCAAAUAGGCCGUACUAUCUCCGACAACUUGGCCAUUCUGACAGUGGAGAAGGCAUUGUUUUGGUAAAAGACGUUGGAUUGUCGCCUGAUGUAUGGUUUUCGAUUGCACGCAUUGAAGCCGAUGCGCUGAAAAGGGUUAGGGACCUUGGUGGCAGUUCUCAUAACAACGUUACCAGCACAUGGGAGAAAUAUUGA